GGGAAUAACUUCCGGAUGGAGAGACGUUCGCUUCCGGGUUAUGCACUUCCUGGGAGGAAGACCCUAUGUUUUUUUUUCCCUUUGGGAUGAGUGGUUCCUAACUCGUGAUGCAUCCGAACUUGUCACCUCAUCUACACACUGAAGAGUGUAACGUUAUCAUCCGUCAACUUCAAAAGUGCCACAAGGAGCAUACCUUCUUGAAGUUUUUUGGCCAUUGCAAUGAUAUUGACAGAGCAAUGAGGAAAUGCCUAAAGAAAGAGGUAAAAAAAUUGGGAAUGGGGAUAUUGAUAAUCUUGUCAGCUUGUCAGUUUAGUAAACCUGGCCACCGAGUGACUCUACUGGGACCCGGUGUUCUCAUAUUCACCGAGACGUUGUCACCCAAAUGA